ACCAUAAAACUUUGAACAAAAUGAAGACAAAUCUUUUGCUCUUUCUCUUCUUCUCACUUGUCUUAUCAUUUUCCUCAGCCGAGCAAUGUGGUCGUCAAGCCGGAGGGGCACUCUGCCCCAACGGUCUAUGCUGCAGUGAGUUCGGAUGGUGCGGUGACACUGAGCCCUACUGUAAGCAGCCUGGCUGCCAAAGCCAGUGCACUCCCGGUGGUACUCCUGGACCCACCGGCGAUCUUUCGGGCAUCAUUUCAAGUUCUCAGUUCGAUGAUAUGCUUAAGCAUAGGAAUGAUGCUGCUUGUCCUGCUAGAGGUUUCUACACUUACAACGCCUUUAUCACCGCUGCAAAGUCCUUCCCCGGUUUUGGCACCACCGGAGACACCGCCACCAGGAAAAAGGAGGUCGCCGCCUUCUUCGGCCAGACUUCCCAUGAAACCACAGGUGGGUGGGCUACAGCUCCAGACGGACCGUUUUCAUGGGGCUACUGUUUCAAGCAAGAACAGAAUCCUGGUUCAGACUACUGUGAACCAAGCGCCACGUGGCCAUGCGCAUCUGGCAAACGCUACUAUGGAAGAGGACCGAUGCAGCUGUCGUGGAACUACAAUUACGGUCUAUGCGGUAGAGCUAUAGGAGUUGACUUACUCAACAACCCUGACCUCGUGGCCAACGACGCAGUGAUCGCUUUCAAAGCCGCGAUUUGGUUCUGGAUGACUGCUCAGCCUCCCAAACCGUCGUGCCACGCGGUGAUAGCCGGCCAAUGGCAGCCGUCAGACGCCGACCGUGCCGCCGGGAGAUUACCCGGUUACGGAGUGAUUACGAACAUCAUUAACGGUGGAUUGGAAUGUGGACGUGGCCAAGACGGGAGAGUGGCGGAUCGUAUAGGGUUUUAUCAGAGGUAUUGUAACAUAUUUGGGGUUAAUCCUGGUGGUAAUCUUGAUUGUUACAACCAAAGGUCCUUUGGUAACGGCCUCCUCGACGCUGCUAUAUAAUGAGCAUUAAUAUGCAGCUUUAAUUACCGUGAUUGAUGAAUGCUUCUAUCAAAAAUAAAACUAUAUAUUACUAUAUGCAGCUUUGUAUCCAAACAAUAACAUCAGCUAAUAAAACUCUGUCCAUGAA